AUGGUGCAAGAUUUCGAAGAAGAAGACUUGAUUCAAUCCAAUGGGACUCACAAUUUUGAGAAUUCCACUCCCCCCACCACAUCAAAGACCAAAAGAAAAAGGAAUCAGCCAGGCAAUCCAGACCCAGAUGCAGAGGUUGUGGCCCUGUCACCAAGGACUCUGAUGGCCACAAACAGGUACAUUUGUGAGGUUUGUCACAAAGGGUUCCAGAGAGACCAGAACCUUCAGCUCCAUAGGAGAGGCCACAACCUGCCAUGGAAGCUGAAGCAACGGCCCAGCAGCAGCACGAGCCAACAAGUAAAUAAGAGGGUUUUCAUAUGCCCUGUGCCAAACUGCUUGCACCAUCACCCCAGCAGGGCUCUGGGUGACUUGACCGGCAUCAAGAAGCACUUCUGCCGCAAGCACGGCGACAAGAAGUGGAAAUGCGACAAGUGCUCCAAGCGCUACGCCGUCCAGUCCGACUGGAAGGCCCACCUCAAGAUCUGUGGCACUCGAGAAUAUCGAUGCGACUGUGGCACCAUUUUCUCUAGAAAAGACAGCUUUGUCACACACAGAGCCUUCUGCGACGCACUGGCGGGGGGAAUUCACAAGACAAAUCAAGCUCAAGAGCUCCUCGUCUCGUCCAUGUCAACCCCGCCUGCUGCCUGCGAUUCCUGCACAAACACAAAUCCCUUCAUGAAUUUGUCGAUUUCGAGCGACAACACUAGUCCAUCAAUGUUAUCAUCAGUCGCCUGCAGCGCCGACGGGGCCAUGCUAUACAGCGACUCAAAUCCAAAUUUCAAUAUAAGAACAGGGCUGGCCUGCUUUGGCUCCACCUACACUACUUCAGCCACUGCCUUGCUACAGAAAGCCGCAGAAGUGGGUGCAAAAAUGAGUACUGACAGUUCACUCAACUCUAUCCUGAUGAGCAGAUUUACGGCCGGCGGCUACUCCAGCUCUACCGGCAGCAUGAACAUGUCGGGAUCGGCGGCGCCGGAGGCUUCUUCCUCCGCUGGUGUAUAUGCAGCAAAUAAUAACAAUCAUAUUGCAGAAUUAAUAUUUCAUCAGAAGAAUACACAAGGGGGAGAUCCGCCGAGAGGCAGGAGUAGUAGUUAUUCUGGAUAUGAAAAUGGUAGUUUGUGUGACCCUAGUUCCCUUCUCAUGAUGCAGCCAUCAGAAUCAAAUGGUAUUCGUAACAUUUCAUGGGACCGACAGCCAACAGUAAGACUGAGGCAAGAAGGUGGAAGAUCAUUGGCUGCUACUGUUGACUUCUUGGGAAUAGAGCCGCCGCCGCCGCCGAGUUUCAGCCCGAUGAGAAGAAGCAACGACGGCGACGUAAUGGGGGAGCUGGAAUAUUCACCCAGCUGGUAA